AUGUCAACCUAUUGUACAUAUUUCUCCUCCUCACUAGUAAUGGAUUACCACUUCACUGCUGAGGAAAUGGCUGCUGUUUCAGGGAUUGAAGAUGAAACUUUCCCUGAGACAAGCUUCACAGAAACUCCUCCAGAGUCGCACAGCAGCCGCAUCAGUGUCUGGUCCAGUCCUCGUCCUCAGAAGUCUGAGGAGCAGGAGGUGAAGAGGCCUCACUCAGCCGGAGUAGAGUUUCUAAAAUCCAGACCCAGUCCAGACAGAGAGCUGAGGACACCUGAGGUCAAUGAGUCCAGAAACGUGCCUCUGACUUACCCCACUCCAGACUUCUCGAAGGUAAAGCCGAGGGUCCGUCUCCCAACAGGUGAUUACCGGCCCCCUGUGAGCUCCUCCAUGAGGGAAUCCCUCUCCUCCCACAUCAUGUACAUGUCGACUGCUGACAUUGUGAGGGAAGUUCUACUGAACACCUCCGACGGAUCCUCUGACCCAUCUGCCCCCAGCUCCACUGUGCCUCAGGACUUCAGAACCCGUCAGGAGGCCAUCACACUGGUCGAGCAGCUACAGGACGACCACAACAGACUGCUGACUAAGCACGCUGAGGCGAACAACACCAUCGAUCGUCUUCGUCUGAGGGCAAAGGUGGACCUGUACUCUGAUCCUCCACAGCCCGGCCACUCCGUGCAGUCGGGAAUGAUCCACGACUCCUCAAAGGUCAUGACCUUGGACUUUCCUCGGGCUCAGAGAGCAGAGAUCAACUCAGGUUCUCUUCAUCCAGAUGGACAUCGCACUGCUCCAGGCCCCUUCGUGGGAGAGCAGCUGGCCGAGAUUCUCCACAUCCAGUCUGACAAGUUCCUCCAACAGCUGCAGAUUUAUGAAGAUCUCCUGAAGAGAAAACAGCUCAAACCUUCUGAACAGAUCGAGGGCCUCUCACAGCUCAAUGAGGGACUCGACUCUUUAGAAAGGGGGUUCCUGUUUGCGAGGGAGGAGCACAAACUCCUGCAGCAGAGAGGAGAAGACGUCGGCCACUUUGACCAAGAACGAGAGCUGGGGGGGCUGAUCUUCCAGUGUGGAAUGCGUAUGGAUGAUCUGAAGGAGCAGGUAGAACAGAUGAGACAGGACCAGCCCACCUGUGAGGCUCCUCCCUCUCCACCUCCUCACCCCACCCCUCCAUCUGUUCCCUCUGAAGAUGGGAGAUGGAGUCUCCCACAGAGCCCACUUGUGCCCCUGCUGGUGGAUCCAGGAAGAGCAUCCGAGCUGGAGGUGAGCCGAGCCAGUGCAGAGAGUGACGAUGAGGAGACGGACGACGAAGAAACUCUGAGAAGUCAGUAUCUCAAACCUCUGACUGGAAAACACAGACGUGCUCAACGAGACUUUGCUGCACGAACUGAUCACUAUGGAAGCUUCAAGGACCUUCCAAGAACAUUUGAAUAUAACCUCAGGGAAGCAGCUCUCUUCUCUGGGGCUUCAGGAAGCCAUGAGAGGCCUGGAGUCGAUAAGACAGAGAGACAAAGGAUUGGAAACAUGGAGGAACAGAGGAAAUCAGAACCACACUCAGGGGAAUCUCCUGUUGGCAUCAGAAAGCAGAGGAGCAGCAGGUCCAGUCCAUCUUCACAUGCAGCCACGAGUCCGCCCACCUCGCUCCCGGUUCAUCUGCCCGGUCACCACAGGAGGGCGGAGAGAGAGAGGGUUCACAGUAGCAGCUGGAGCAGCCUUGGAGAGACUCCUGUAUCGGAGAGGAGGAACUCCAAACUCCAACCUGGGAGCAGCAGAACACCUAACCAGCCGGAUGGUGUCAUCUCUCCAGAGACGGACAGCGGGUUUAUUGGUUCAGAAACCUGUCGUCUGACUCCCCCAGCUGGCCCCAGUCCUCUCCACCAGGGGGCGUCACAGAUCGAUUUAGUCCAUCAGGACGGGAGCACAAGGAAACCUCAGACAGUCUCAGCAUCGUCUCCUCCCUCCUCACCGAUUCACCGACUCACAGGUUCAGAGUCCAGAGAGGCCUCCUGGGCCCUCAGCCCCGAACCCACGAGCAGAGGCAGACAGAGGAGGCGCAGCUCCUCCUGCUCCCCACAGCGCUGGGUCGGUCAGACAGAGAGAACCAGGGCCGACAGAGGAGCCCGACUGGAGAGAGACAGCAGCGAGUCUCGCACUGUGUCUGAGGACGGACAGAGUGACCAGUUCGCAGAAUCCCUCAGCUUCCAACCAAGCUCCUCCCCCACAACACCACGUCACCAUGGCAAUUCUCCCAGAGCUCUGGGACCCAGAGUCAUGGCGGAUCGCAAUGCACUUCGGACUCUGGAGGCCCAGGUCAUCAGACUGGAGGAGAUCAUGCUUGGCCUGUGGAAUAAAACAACUCUGAGUCCUGUGAGAGCAGCUCCAUCAGCUCAAGAAAACCACACUCACCUCUACACAUCCACACCUCGCAGCAGGCCUGAGGAGAGAUGUCAGAGAAACGUCAGGAAGGGAAGAAGAGAAAGAAAAAAGGCUGAAGAGGUGGAGGAGUGUAAACUGAGACCAACGGCCAUAGAGAGAUCACCCUGUGUGGACAGACGACCACCACAACGGGACAUCUCUGCAGGUUCAGAUCCGGAGCCUCAGCCGCGGAUAUCCAGACGCACUCAAACAUCCUCUGCAGCACCAGGCAGCUGCUGCUCACACACAAAUAGUGUCCAGAGCAAUGGAACACCCCCGAGUCCAGCUGGUGGCAGCAGCGAGUCGACCCCCACCCCCACCUGCUCUCAUCACUGUCCUCUCUGUGGAUGUCUUCAGCCGAACAGAGACACUAAGACAGACUGUCCCAGAGGCUCCGCCCCACUCACAAGCUUCCAAUCAGCCGAGUCCCCGGACAGAACGGCGAGGAGAGGAUACCACGUGGCUCCUCCUGCACCGCCGCAAUGCAUGCUGGUCGGCCCGCCACUUCUUGUGUACUCACAGCCCGUCCACGUGUCCCCUAGCAACAAUCCCGGCACAUCCUCAGGGGUCAGAGGUCACAAGGAGUCCAGGGGGAGGAUGAGACGCUCCAGGUCUGUCGAUGGGCAGAGCUCCUUGGACGUCUCGCUGGACAGAGCCAUCAGAGUGGCUCAACACAUGAAGCAGACCUCCAGACACAUGGCUUGCUCUCUGGCUUCUGGGCUGCAGUUUCAGGAACGGCUGACUCAGUUCUCCAGACGCUAA